AUAGCAACCGUUGCUAAGCAGAAAACACUUUGAAAGAGCUGACCACUUUCAAAGGUUUCAGUUUAAGAAAUACCAUUAUAUCUUCUUAAAUAAGAUUUUAAAGGAACUCAAGCCCUCCAGAAGAUAAUAUGGCUCGACUUGUAGCCCCUCCAACUAAAUUUGCGCAUCCAGAAUGGGUUAUUUCUAACCAAACCCAAUAUGCCAACGCCGAAGCUGAAAGGGCGGCAGCGGAACGUUUGUUUGAUGAGAGUGGACGGUUAAUAGAGGAAACUGACUCGAGAGCAAAAAGAACCCAAGCCGAUGUUAACAAGAAAUUAGAUCAAAGAGUAAACGAUGUUGAGUAUUGGAACAAAGAGGUUGAUGAUAAGAUGGAUGAGAUGAAGAAAGAAACCGAGGCACUAGACGCAUUCUUGGCCAGGAUUGAUAAUGCCAUCUUGGGUUGUAAGGAACCUUUACACAUUGCUGAAGCUUGCUUAGCCAAGAGAAGAGCUAGACAGAAUAUCGAAUUAGUUCAUGAUGAUGCAGAAAAGCAUCAAAUUAAAGAAAUGGAAGUUCUUCAUGGCGUUAUGGAAUUAUUAACCAGAUUGAAAGAGCAAACUGUAGAACAACUAAGAUUGAACCGAAAGGCUGAGAGGCAAUUGGAAAGGGAUUUGGCUGAUAAAUUUCAAGCUUUGUCGAUUGAUAAACAUAAUCGACAAUUAACUGACCACUCUUCUGAAAUUCGUUUCAAGAAUGGAGCCGCAAGGAUUGAAGGACAUACAACUGAUCCUGAACAAUGGCAAAGCUUCUCCAGGGAUAAUAUCGAAUUCACUGAAAAGCAAAGACAAAAUUCAGCGCAGCUUCGUUCUCAAAUAGACAACUAUCUUCAGGCUGUCGCUAAUGAUUUAGAGAAUCAGACAAGGGAUACCAAUCAAGCUUAUGAAGAUCGUAUUGCUGAGGUUCGACAGGCCAAAGAAAAAUUGGAGGAGCAUUUAAACAAAGUUUUCGGUCAAAUUCGCGAAAUGGAGGAUAACAAAAGGAGAUUGGAAAAAGCAAUCUACGAAAAGGAAAAUCCUCUAAAAUUAGCCGAAACAAGAUUGGACUACAGAACAGAACGACCAAAUGUGGAAAAUUGUAGAGAUAGCGCCCAAUACAGAUUGGUUGAAGAGGUUGGAGAAUUGCACGCCAGUUUGGCUAGUUUACACGAUAGACGAGCCAAAACUAUAGACAGUUUGAAAGCUCUAAAGAGAAGGAAACUGGAUUUGGAAGAAGACAUUCAACUCAAAGGCGAAGCUUUGUGCCUAGAUGAAUCGGAAUGUAUGGCUAUGAGAAAGAGCAUUCAUUAUCGGGCUUAUUAG